AUGCCUGCCAAGCCUUUGCGGCUCGCGGUGGCUAAAAAUUGGCUGCGAGGCACGGGCUGGUACAUGGGGGGCUUGCCUCUGCAAUGCAAAUCGCCCACCACCGACCAGUCACAAGCCGAAGUCGGCUCGGAACGGCAGAUGGCACGGCCGGAAGAUCCUAAUUACGAGUGCGUCGGCAUCCCUGUGCAGAUCCUCUCUGCUUUGCAAGAUCGCUUGACGCGCGAUGACAGCAAGCUGGACGAGGCUCCUGGCGAUUCCGUACCAGUGCUCGACAUGGCCUGCACGCGCGGCAAGCAAAUGUGA